AUGGAGCAGGCCAGAGGAAAUGAAGAAGACAAUUAUCGGUUUCUGUCUACAUACUUGCACUUUCUGAAGUCAACAAACCCAGGGACGUUGACUGCAAUGCACAAUAUGGUGGACAAAAAAGGGAAUGCAUUGUUCAAGUACUUGUUUUUUGCUUUUGGGACUUGCAUAUCUGGUUAUCAAUAUUUGAGGAAAGUGAUUGUAAUUGAUGGCACAUCAAUAAAAGGGAAGUAUAAAGGUUGUUUGGUUGCAGCGAGUGGACAAGAUGGAAAUAUGCAAAUUUUCCCCUUGGCAUUUGGAGUAGUUGAUGGGGAAAAUGAAGGAGGAUGGGUGUGGUUCUUUGAAAAUCUGAAGAAAUUUGUGCCAGAUGAAGAAGGAAAUAGGACUACCACACUGGCACUUUCUCACUUCCCCGGAGAUCGUUACAAUAUAAUGAGUGGCAACAUAUCUGAGUCGCUGAAUGCAGCAAUGCAAACUGCUGUUGAUUACCCGAUCGUGUCCAUGGUGGAGUUCUUACGAGCAAUGUUGAUAAGGUGGUUUUAUUGUAGGAGGAAAGUGGCAAAUAAAGCGAAAACACGAUGCACCCCGGAAAUCGAAGAAAUACUUAUAGAUCACCUACAACACGCGGUGGACUAUCGUGUGCUAUCAACAAGCGAGUGGAUUUACCAAGUGAACGAUGGACGAGGAAUUGUUUUCACGGUGGACUUACAGAAUAAAACCUGCACUUGUCGGGUCUUUGAUGUAUUGAAGGUGCCCUGCUGUCAUGCUUUAGCUGCUAGAGGAGUGCUGCAAAUUGAUAUUUACACCCUAAUUGGAGAGUUCUACUUUGUUGAGCCGUGGAGGAAAAAAUAUUCACAAAUCAUUAUGUCAGUUCCAAAAGAAAGGGAUAACGAUAUUCCAGAGGCUGUAACUGUAGAGGCUGUUAAUCCACCUCGUACAAAACGCGGUGGUGGGAGGCCGAAGAAGAAAAGGAUACCGUCGCAAAGAGAACAACAUAUAGUAAGAUUUCCAUGGGUAAUAACUUUGGUUCUGCUAACCUUUGAAGUGUACUAA